GCUACAGCACAUGGAUUGGGAUGAUCUUUGCUGACCAUUACCACAACAACCCUGUCAUGGUGUGUUUCUGCCAGCUGCUGGUGUCCAAUGUGCUGGAGAGGCGAAACACAACCACAUACGCCUCAUUUGACAAUGCUCUGUCAGCAUCCACUCUGAAUAACCGAGCCAGGAGGCGCUGGGUGUUGAGUUACACAUUAAUGAAGAACCCUUCACUGAUCCUGCUCAGAAAACACAACCUGAAACAAUCGUCUACUCAGACCGAGACAACGGUCCGGGCUUGGGUCAUGGCGUCACAAACACAGAGCCACCAGGCCACACCAGAAAUCAUCAUCACAGAGUAGAGCCGCUGCUCCUCCACACAUGAGCCAAUCGAGGUGAUUUGGACGCUACCUGGAGGCCAAGGUGUUCCAUGUCCAAGUGGGAGGAGACCCCAGGGAAGACACAGGACACGCUGCUGAAACUAUCAGCUUGGAGUCCUUCCAGAAGAGCUGGAAAAGAUGGUUGUGGAAAGAGAUAUUUGGACCUCCCUGCUCAAGCUGCUGCUCCUGCGACUUGACUUCAGAACAAGCGCAAGAUAAUGGAUAUGGGCUCUCUCACUCACACUUUUGGACAAUGUUUACAUGCAAUAAAAUUAAUUAACGAGUCUUAAAAUCAAUGACAAAGUGGUCAACUUACACAGCUAACCUUGUUUUUAAUUAUUACAAUUUCUGGGUCAAAUAAGGUCAGUGUAUGUUUUGGUCAUUGGAUUUUCAUUUUGGAAACGGGUAUUAAAAAACAAGAAAUGAGUGUUUAUUUGAUUUUUGGU